CAUGCAUGCUGUCUGCAGCAGCAAGCGGUUUCAGUUUUGUAAUCACAGAAACAUUACUCUUAACCCAUUGUCAUGUAAGUUGCAAUGUUUCUGUAAGUGACUUUAAGUUCCACAUUGUAUUGUGUUUUAUCUUUCCAGCUGAUUGUCAUCCAGUGCUACAUAUUGUAUCAUCACUAUCAUGCGUCCCCCCAUCUCUGUUGUUGCUGCUGCUUUCAUAGCCUUGUCUACAGUGAAUUACUAUUUCCCGAAAGAUGAGAAAAUGGACAAUGCAGAGACAAAUCCACCGUUACAACAGUCACAGAAGGAAAAAGAAUUGGAAAAUGUGCCCAACAUAUUGAUGGAACAGGAGAAGGAGCUCGCGAACAUGACGAGGAAAAUCCAACCACAAUGUACAAAGAAUCCCACAAAGCUGAACAUGACAGAUGGACUGUUCUUUAAACCUGCAUUCACAGCCAUCAGUGGAUCAAUGCCCCUUGACACCGUCUUCAUCCUUCUGCUUAUACACACAUGUGGAGCUGGUUUGGUUGAAUCCAUUUCCACAGUGUGUCACCACAUGAGCCUGGGUGGUGUCCUGGUUGAUAUGGCUUUAAGUUUGAUUCUAGCUGCUUUUACCAUGUACAGAUGGAAACGCGAGAAAGCAGAGUCGGUGAAGAGAAACGCACAGCUUCAGAAGGAGUCGCUGAAGACAGAGGAAGAGCGAGAAGAUGUGGUCAGCACACUGAUGGAGUUGAAUACUGAACUGGAGAACCAGAGGGGUCGACUCAAAGAGCUCCUGGAGGAGGUGGAGGGGGAGCGGGAAGUAAACAAGCAGAAUCUCCAGGCUGUGGAGAAGGAAAUAACAGAGCGAGAGGCAGCGUUUGACAAACCGGAGGAACUACUAAGAGAAAAAGAAGACCUACUGCAAGCCCAGUGGAAACUGGACCAGACAAAGAAAGAUAAUGAGAGACAGCUGCUCAACACUGAGAGACUGCUGGAGCCAAUAGAGAUCCAGGUUAAUAAAAUACACAGAAAGAAGGAAGAAGACUCCGAGUUGUUACAUGUUUGACAUUACCAUGUAAGAAAAUCUGUUUUAGCUUAUCUUUUUUUACUUUUUUAAAGGAUCUACAAAUAUGUGUACAUUUUCUAUAUAAAAUGCUUUUUGCAAUGAAUGUGUGCUGCUUUUGUUUCUGUAUCAUCUGGUCUGUGGUCAGUUUAUUUAGUGUGCAGCAGAGAGUAAGAAAUGUAUGAACAUUUUGAACAAGCCUUCAUCUCCUGAAUGAAAAACAAAUUCCAAUCAACAUGAAAUGGUGAAGGGUGCUAAAGGAAGCAGACGCUCAGCUCCAGUUUACAGUGCGGAGACUGGCCUAAGAUUAAAUAUUAACCAGUCAGUGCUGUUCACUCUAAUAUACAAACCAGCAGCCUGCAACUCCUGACAUCUAUUGUGAUGUUGUUUGCAUUGUACUAUAUUUAGUUUUCUACAUAA